AUGUCUGCUAGCAUCAAAGUCGGUGACACUAUCCCCGAGGCUGAGUUCCCCACUGUCUUCUGGAGCGAGGAGCUCGAGAGCGGUGCGCCUGUGGUGUUCCAAGCUCAGCACAAAGGACUGGGCAGGCAAAAAGGUGUCGUCGUUGCUGUUCCUGGCGCAUUCACUCCCACGUGCCAUGUCAACCACAUCCCUGCCUAUGUUAAGAACUCCCAGCUUCAAGACAAGGGUGUUGACCAGUCGUCGUCGUCGCUGCCAAUGAUCCAUUUGUCAUGUCGGGCUGGGGCCGCAACGGUCCUCUUCGUGACCGACACCUAUGCGGAGUGGUCGAAGAAGCUCGGUCUCAGCGUCGAUCUUACUGGUCACGGACUUGGCGAACGUACCGGCCGUUACGCGUUGAUCCUCGACGACCUCAAGGUGACGAAGCUCUUCGUCGAGCCUAACCCGGGUGCCGUCUCUAACACUGGAGCCGAACACAUUCUCGCCGAGCUUUAA